AUGCAAUCCAUCGGCACUGAGUCGAAGUUCGACCUGGAGAAGAGAGGGUAUAACGGGAAUAAGACCCCGCUAGCCGAGAUGUUGCAAAACCUGCCUGGACGACCCUCGCCAGAACCGAUUCUGUCAUACCAGUCUCUAUUUCAUCCUAGCGCGGAGUUUCCUCGCUUCGCCCCGACUUAUCGCUGGUGGGAGGAUGAGGCUACGACUGUGCUGUGGGCAUUCAAAGUACCUGAGAUCCGUCAGGUUAUUCGUUAUGGACUCUUUCGCGACGAGAACUACGCACGUAGCUCAUUGCUGAGUCGCAACGCGGACGCAAUUGAUACGUUUCUUGUUGCGCUAUCGGAGCCUUAUGAACACCAAGUACUUGCGAAUCUCUCCCACAUGCAGAGGGUAGAAGAGAUCUUACGACGCUCGAGUAUUCCGCCUUUUCAACCGAUUCCAUGGGGCUGGUUCCCUCUGCCCCCAGAACAUUCUCUUGAUGCCCGAUCGAUCGCUGCGGCAAUCGAGGCUGAGAGCCAAUUCCAAUUUAGCAGAAUUGAAUUUGAGGAAAUCGUGCGUGCCUCUCUUGGAUACAACGCCGUCUCGGUCGAGUGGUUUCUGCUCCAGCACACCCAUCUCUACAUUCAUCUCUUGGAUCAUCUGCAGACUUACCCUGAAGAGAUCCCUCUUUACAUCGACGUGGAAAAGCUAUUGCGAAAUCGAAGCCCAUUCGCCCAUCGAGCCCUAGUGCAGUGUAUGGCCACUGUUCAACCAGAAGUAACACUCGACAUGCCACAAUCUACAAAUCCAGGAUUCGAAUUUAUUGCCGGUCCAAUCCAGCGCCUUUUCAAAGAUCAACCGCCCAGUUUGACGAUGAUCCUGAGGAUCUUCAGUGUUUUGGCUAUCCGAUUCCGAAAGCAGUACAUCCACACGUCCAAAAUCAACUGGCAUGCGCCCUUCAACACGGAGAUCCUUUUCUUAGAAGACUGCUUUAAUUCGACAUCACCCAUGGAUCUUGCCCGUACCCUGACAGGCACCGACGAGAUAGACUUUUCCAGCUUGUCGCGGCAGAGUAUCGUGGCAGAUGACGUUGUGGUCAAGAGACUACUAGGCAACUGGCAUUCUCUCAGUGUUUCCGUCUGGGAAUGCUGUUCCUCACUUCCGGAUAUUAUGAUCCCGUAUUUGCGCGAAUGUGCACAGAUCCUCUUCAAUAAGUGUAAUUACCAUUCUCUAACGGCAAUCUUGCAUGGAAUGCACCGCUACAGAAUUUCUACGGCGCAAUCCCGCGGCCUGAACAGCACUGUAGGAGGAGGGGUCGUUCUCGAUCCUAUCCUCCCACCCGAAACAACAUUUCUCACCAUUUCGACUCAGAACUAUGCUGCCUACCGCCAACACUACCGCGAGUACCCGGGCAUCCCAUUCCUACUGCCACAUCUUCGAGACCAUCAUCAAAAUGGCGAAGGCGUCCUCCAGCCGCUCAUCCAAUAUCUGCAGAACGAGUACAUGUCCAAAGGAUGA